GCGUCAAUGGGCAGAUCUGGCCGUGUCUCUGUCCCUGUUGUCUGUGUGCGAGCGAGGAUUCAAAAAGCUGCAAGAGUGCUGGGACUGCUACAGUGAUAAACUCACUGAGCCUGGAGUCUAUCAGCCACUCCUGUCCAUUGCAGCCAAACUUCGUCGAAGAGCCAAAUCACAGUUCAAGGCGCAGGUUGAAGACUAUGAGAAGCGUUUGACAGCCGUUCACACUAAAGGGCUAGAGAAUGUGGAGAGCGAGGAGAGAGAACAGCAGAUGGGAGACACACAAAGUCAAAACAUGCAAACGCCGCAGCCACACGAGCGUGCGCAAAACCACACGAGGACGUGGCAAACCGAAGUUAAAUGACAGCGACCUCGUAACCCCAAGGAAAUCUUGCUCUCGUCCCAAACAUGCCAUCACCUUCACCAGUGAUGAAGAAGAGGAAGAGGAUGCUGUCAUGGCUGAGAGUGAGACGCCUAAAGUGACGACACCCAUCGCCCGCACGCGACGCACUCGUCUCAGACACUGAGCACUCUUUUCAGAAUUUCCCGGGUUUUUUUUUUUUUUUUUAAAUACCUCUAUUAAUAGUAUUAA